UCUACCCGGAACCAUAGUCACUGGAUAUUGUUGUCUUUGUGCCGUGUACAGUUUGGGACUCAUCAUGAGGGUGCACCAUUUGUGCUGUUGUUAGCUGGCUUUUAGGACACGCUUUCCUGUUAAAGUUUGAGAAUUAGCCGUGUUUUUGGGCUGCGGAUGGAGAUAUUAGGAAGCACCUUUGACGACUCUGUGUUUUCGGAGGCCACAGACCGAGUGUGUGUGUGUCUGUCUUCUUACGACGCCAAGCUGUGUGAACCAGAGUGGUUUUGUGACAGCGCUGCUCUUGAUACAGAUGAUUCUUUGGAGAAGCAGAAGGUGUAUAAGUUUAGAGGUGACCUGGCCGUGAGACAGGGGGACUAUCAGAAAGCCCUGGAAGCGUACACCAGCUGCCUGGAGUGGAUCGCUGACAAGAACUUGACCAUCAGAAGAGAUGUGCUGGAGGGGAUGGCCAGAUGCUGCACCAAACUGGGACAGAGAGACAAGGCGCUGGACUUGGUUGACUUACUGAGCAAACAAGCCUCCAACACCUGUCACCUGACCAGCCUCCUGCUGCUUAAGGUCAGCAUCUACCAUCAUUUUGGAGCCGUAAGAUCAAAGAUGUCAUCUCUGCAGCAGCUGUGCAGCCUGCUGCCCUUCAGCCCCUGGCACUGGUUUAGCCUGGGCCAGAUGUGUCUACAGCUGCUGAAGGAUGGCAGAACCACAGGACCCUGUUCUUACAAAAGGUCCGAAUCAGCAGCGGAGCAGAAAGAGACCGAGGAGCAGCCGGAGGAGGCAGCGGAGCUCGAUGAAGACAGAAUCUGGCUAAAAGCUUGCACCUGUUUCAUCAGGACGAGACUCCUGCUGACAGUCCUUCGGCAGCAGCAGUCCUCCUUUGUGCUGCAGCGUAAUGAAAACGUCCUACAGAUGACAGAAGAGGUGUUACAGCAGCUAAAUCCCAAAGAAACAACACUGCAGGCUCUCACUGAGGUGAUGUCAGGGGACCUGAUCCCAGAGAUGAGGGAGGACUACCAGGACGGGGAAAGUCUGGCCAGUGUGUGUGUGCAGAGUUUCAGAGAGCGCUGGUGGAACAAGAUCCUGCUGACUGGAGUGUUAGAGACUGACAGACAUCAGCAGCAGGCACAGGUGGACACAAAGUCCUGAUGCUCAGUCCCAGUAGUGGUCCGAUCAAAGCACAAAAGAAACAGACUGAAUGUACUGAAGCCAGAUUGAAGUCCUAAACACGGAGGUGCACAUUGAGUUGGCUGGCCCACUCUGAUACAAGCCCUCACUGUGUGGAGCUCACUACUGGAGGUCAAAUACUAACUUUUAAUCAUACCAGCACAUGCACAAUAUUUAAAAAUAUUCAUUUAAUUUACUCUUUAUGAGUAUUAGACAUUUUAAUGUUCAUCUCUCCGUUCAGUAUAAUGCAAGUACCCAGGGAACGUUGUCCAACAGACACACGAUUCAUACUGUGUGAAAUACAAUU